CAUUGACUUCCUCAUUUGUUGUGACUUUCUUAGAACCUUAACAGAUUCUUCUUCCUAUGGAAAAUCAUUUCUAAGCAGAGAGACUUCUAGCACUCAGAAUCCACAGCUGUUGUAUCUACGAGUUUGCUGUUAAGAUUUUCUUUACUGAGAAAAAAACAAACAUGACUCCUGACAAGAACGAAAGUGAAUGGAUGAUUCCCGUUGAAGUGAUGCUGGGAUCUCUUGACCACGGAGAAGUUCAAGCAUGCAGCAUUUCAAGAAUCCCAGACGAGAUUCGAGCGCCCAAAGAAGAAUGUUACAAGCCAAGGUUGGUCUCAGUAGGACCCUUACACAGGGGAGCCACAAGGCAGAUUCUGUUAAUGGAAGAACCCAAAUGGCGCUACGCCAAGAGCUUCCUUGACCGCAGGGUAGUGUCCAGCAACCAAGGACAAGCCGGAGGACGCAGAAGAUCAUCAGAACCGGGAACUCGAGAGUGGGGCCAGGAAAUUCUCAAGUUUGACAAGUUGGUUCGCGCUUCCUAUGGCGGUGACCUCGACUUGGAUCCCCACGACCUAGCCAAAAUCAUGAUGGUGGAUGGCUGUUUCUUGCUAGAACUUCUCCACAAGCUUGUGGAAUACAUGAAUUCACCACCAAACCAAAGCCAUACAUUUUCCAAUGACCCAUUCCUAGAGACAGAGGAGAAGGUGCAGUUUGUGCUGAAUGAUAUUUCCAUGCUGGAAAAUCAGAUCCCUUUCAUUGUUCUCAAGAAGUUGUACAAUAUUGUGUUCCCUGACAAAAGUAAGGUUGCGGAAGAUCAUCGUGUGGCUGACAUCAUGCACAAUGCCUUUGGUUACAAUUCAAAAAACCACCGUGGUUUGGCUCAUAUGCUUCACUUAAUGCAUUUGUCCACAGUUGAAGAAGACAACAAUCAAGAAGCCAAACGAUUGAGACAAGCAUGCCAAGAACUAAAGCGAUGCGCCACUAGGCUUCGAGCUGCAGGAAUAACCAUUAAAUCAACAAAUAGCAACAGCAUUGGUAAUGGUAGUCCUAAUGGUAAUGUUAAUGCUAAUCCUAGUCCUAACAAUCAGCAUAAGAUUGUGGACAUAUUUGAUUUUAACAUAAGUUUCAAUGAGCAAGGUAAGAUACUCGAAAUACCGGCUCUGCAUAUUAAGGAAACAACGGAAGCGAGAUGGAGAAACUUGAUUGCUUGGGAGCAGAGCAGAAUUUGGAUAAGAGGCAAGUACACUUCCUAUGCUUUGUUCUUCCAAACUUUGAUAUGCUGUGAGCAUGACCUUGAGUUUCUGGAGAAAAAGGGAGUGAUAGUGAAUGAGUUCAAGAAGAGCAAGGAUGAAAUUAUGACUACGUUUCGCACAAUCUCUGAUGGUGUUGAUCACAUGGAUUCAAGUUAUAGCGACCACUAUAAGAAACUUAAUGCACACCAGACUACAUUGGUCACGAAAAUGUUCCACGAAUGGCCUAUAAUCACUUGGCAUAGGUGCAGGCGUGUUCUUGAGACUCUUGUGUUCUAUUGGUGGAACUGGCUAGCGAUCUUGAUACGUGAUCAUAUCCCUACAGUAUGGAAAUUUUUCGGCGUUGUGGCCGCGAUUGUGUUGCUUGUUCUCACCAUUAUGCAGACAUAUUAUUCAGCUAAGCAGACACAUUAUGCAGCUGAACAGGCACAUAAUGCAACUAGUGGCUCUUAGGCAUCAGCAAGAAAAAGUGCUAUUUGUGUCUCUUAAUGCUUUUUCAAGUUUAAAAUUUAAUGCACAAUUGUGAUCUUGAAGCUUGUGUAUGUUAAUGGAAGAGAUUUAGGUCCAUGUUGAACAUUGAAGAGGUGUUUUCCUGAAAUUAUUGUGAAUGAAAUUUUCUGUCUUGUUUUGUU